AUGUCAAAGGCGUAUGGCAGAAUUGAAUGGGGUUAUUUAAUAUCCCUUCUGGUUGCUAUGGGUUUUGAUUUGAAAUGGGUCAACUGGGUGAUUAAAUGUGUUUCAACGGUUACUUUUUUUGUGCUUAUCAACGAUCAACCUCAUGGAAUGAUUACUCCACAGCGCGGACUGAGACAAGGGGAUCCUUUAUCGCAUUUUCUGUUUAUCCUUUGUACAGAAGGAUUAUCUUAUCUGAUGUCUGCAGCUGAUAGAGAAGGAAGCUUACCGGGUUUUAGAUUCGGCUUGCAGGGCCCUUCGAUAAAUCAUCUGCUCUUCGCAGAUGAUUGUCUUUUCUCGUGCAGAGCAAAUAAGGAACACAAUGAGGUGUUGUUAAGGCUUUUUAAACGCUAUGGAGAUGCCACGGGUCAACUCAUUAACCCUGCUAAAUCAUCGAUCAUGUUUGGCAAAGGGGUUUCGACUAAGGAGAAAACAAGAUUUAAGCAGACAUUGGGCAUCUUUGCUGAAGGAGGGGAGGCAAAAUAUCUUGGACUUCCUGAGAGUAUGAAGGGAUCUAAAGUAAAAUUGUUUUCUUACCUCAAGGAAAGAAUAGGUAGGAAGGUUUCAGGAUGGCACGCAAGAACUUUAUCCCAAGGAGGAAAGGAAGUUCUGAUUAAGGCUGUUGCCUCUGCCUUACCUGUUUCAGCCAUGUCUGUAUACAAGAUUCCUAAGAGCCUUAUCUCGAGCUUACAUGGAGUUUUGGCGAAUUUUUGGUGGAGCUCUGAUGAGCAGAGAAGGAAGAUACAUUAG